AUGGCUAGGCUACCACAAACAACCCCAGCUCCCCAGCCCAUCAUGGUCUUCAUGCCCCAGACAUCAAGUAAAGAUGCCAGCCCCGGGCAGGCCCCCACCACCACCACAGCGGCAGCAACAGCAACACCAGCACCGGAGCAGUCCUCUUCUACCACCGCCGCCACAGAUGCCACCGUAAGACCGCCGCCCUUCGCCCAGCCCAAGCUCCGCCUCGAGGUCCGCGACCUCGCCCACCCGGGCGCCACACGCUUCCUCGCCUCCCUCGACGCCGCGCAGGUCCUCUCCACGGCCGUCGCCCGCGUCCACAGCCUGCUCUACCGGCCCGACGCCGCCGACUACAGCCCGCCGCCCACGCGCUCCGUGACCGUCAUCCUGCGCGACAUGGGCGGCGUGGCCUACACGACGGGCACCGAGCUCGACGGCGACCACAAGGAGAUCCACGUCAGCCUCGCCUACGUCGCCGGGGUCAGCCCGGCCUCGCGCACCGCCGCCGAGAUCACGGGCGUGCUGACCCACGAGCUCGUGCACUGCUACCAGUGGAACGCGCUGGGGACCUGCCCGGGCGGUCUGAUCGAGGGGAUCGCCGACUGGGUGCGGCUCAACUGCGGGCUGUCCCCGCCGCACUGGCAGAAGAAGGCCGGGGACAAGUGGGACGCCGGCUAUCAGAACACGGCCUACUUCCUGCAGUACCUCGAGGAGCGGUUCGGGUCGGGCACGAUACCCAGGUUAAACGAGAAGCUACGGGGCAAGCACUACGAAGAGAAGACGUUCUGGACCGAGCUGCUAGGGCGACCGGUGGACCAGCUUUGGAAAGACUAUGUGAAGUCGCUGGAAGGGGGCAGCAAAGGUCAGGCCGUCGAUGAAGCAACACAGACAUCAUAA